ACUUUAAGUUGCAUAUAAAACGGUCUCGCCUGAGUUGUACGAUACACAAACUGCUUAUCAUUCAUAAGUAAAGCAAUAGGUGCUUUGGCGAUUUGUGAAUCAAAACUGCGAUAGAGUUUAUGUCAGGAUUAUAGAGUAGUACACGUUUUACACUUUACAGUGUUGCAGAGUGUUGUUUAUUGACGACCCUUAAGUUUGGGCGAAAUUUCCUCAGAGGCAAGUGAUGUUCUUUGCAAUGUCGGCGUUUCAACUGGACGUGAAUCCGUAUCUUCUCCUCGCCUUUGUGGCCAUGGUUACGAUCUACAUUUUCGGAUACAUGAAGGAGACUUACGGCUUUUUUCAAAGUAUCGGAAUUCCUGGACCGAAACCUGUCUGGGUGUUUGGAAAUGUACAGGAAUUCAAAGAAAAAAGCGUCUUGACCGUAUUUGAAGAGUGGAAAAAAGUCUACGGAAGCGUAUAUGGAUUUUACGAAGGAUUUCGACCAAGCCUCGUGGUCAAUGAUCCGGAAUUCGCACGUGACAUUCUCACCAAGAACUUCGACAAGUUCCACAUCAGAACGAAGUAUCGACCGUUCGAAUACUACCCCGGUAAUCUCCGCAUUACCAACCUAGGAGGGGAGCACUGGAAAAACCAACGGGCGCUUCUGAACCGCAUGAUACAUUCCACAUCGAAUCUAAGCCAGUUAGUUUCCAAGAUUGAGAAAGCCUCUACUGUUAUGCUUCAAGCUCUAGAAAACGCUUUGACGUCAACUAAUUCUGGAAUAAAUAUAUCAAGGUUCGUUGAUAAGUUCGCGUCUGAAGCGGUGAUUCGCAUGGUGCUGGACAUGAGUGACGAGGAGAUAAGGCAAUACGGCGACACGAUUUUAACGUAUGAGGUCGAGAGUAACUGGUCCGCAGCUAAGGACAACCAUGUCAGCGGCCUUGCCACACUGUUCCCGUCCCUGGCACCUUUUCUUAAAAUUGCUGAUGUGAAACAUAGAAGAGCUCACGAUGCGGUCGUAAAACUUCUGCGAGACUACAUCCCGUUGUCCAUAGCUUCUCAGAAUAACAACCAUGUGAAAGCAAACGAGCAUUAUUCGCUGUUAUCCUAUCUGACGUCAUCAAACAUUCUGACACGUGACGUAGAUGGGAGUCUCACACGACGAAGUCUUUCAACGGACGAAAUUAUUGCACACUUGCUUACCUUAGAAGGCGAAAUCUUCACUAGCAUUACAGCCUCCAUUCAGUUUAUUCUGUAUGAACUUGCAAUGAAUGAGGAUUGCCAAGAACGACUCGUAGAUGAAAUAAAUUCCAUAUUUAAAAAAGACGACGAAAUUACAUCUGAACAGCUUGUACAGAUGAAAUACUUCGACAUGUGUUUCAAUGAAACCUUCAGAAAACAUCCAGUGGCCCCAGGUGUGUCACGUGUCUGUACAGAGGAUUGUACGAUUCGCGGUGUGAGAUUUAAACGAGGCCUGGUUGUCCGGGUGAUGAACAGUCCUAUAUACAACGACGAGCGGAUCUUCUCUAACCCCGAGACCUUCAAUCCAGAUAGAUUUUCUAACGACGCCACGUCCUCUAGACACCCGUACUCCUUCCUGCCGUUCGGUCAGGGUCCUCGUGGCUGCCCGGGGCAGAAACUGGCCAUUAUGAUCAUGCGUGUAGCCAUUGUAUCACUACUCAGAAAGUUCAAAAUACAGCCCUGCUCAGAAACAGAGAUGCCUCUUAAGGAGACGUUUCGACCCUCGCUCUGUCCGGCCAAUGGUGUUUUUGUGACACUUGUACCAAGAAUGGUGUGCGCAGAGUGAAUUCCUAUUAUCACAGACAGUAUACAUCUAUUCCAUAAGUUGAUGAAAAAAAUCACAUAUUGUUCACUGCCUGUUGUAAGGCGUAUACGUUACAGCAGGCCGGCUGAACCGAGGAAUCGCAAACGAAGUACUGUGAAAUAUAGGGACAUCGAAACGCACGUUUUAUUGUUACACAUACGUGCUUUACGUUUGUUAGUUCAAAGAAACUAUCUUGAACGAAUCAACACAUACAAUAAUAAUUAUUAUCGUGUUGCACGAAUCAGAUUUCCUUGACAUUAAACGUGUAUGUUAUGUUUUCUCUAAAGUGAUUUGAAAAAUGUGAUAUUGUAAAUGUCACUAUUUAAAAACACGCAAAAGUCGCUUUAAUAAGUAUACCUCAAUUUCCAGGAACGCGACAAUCUUAUUGUUAAAGUUAGUUUUAUACUAUGUAUCGUAUAUACCCUAUUACUAGAACUAGUUUCUUAUCAGCAAGUAGUAAAAUUUUGACCCAUUUGACGUUGUUUUGACAGUGGUGCUUAGAUUAGCUCUCUUUUCUUAUCAAUGAUCGACGUGUGUCAUUAUGUUAAUAACGUUUAUAUGAUAUUAACAAAAUCACGCCCGCAAUUUCGCGUAAGUUGUACAAUUUAUACUACAUCGGAUAUUAAAGCAUCAUGUUUCCUUACGAGUAACAAAAGAAAGGAUUUGUUAUGAUAAAUUUAUAUGUAUUUGUCAUAGUUAAUAUUUAUCAUGAUGUUAUUUACAUUACACAUGAAUGUUGUUGUGAUUAUCAUUUUUAAUAAAUAUUAAAUUGCG